AUGUUGACCUUCCAGCUCUUAUCGCAGCCGGGGAAAGCUGAAGGCAUCACCGGGUUCACCGACAAGAUAGCCGGGAAGGCGACGUAUCAGCGCGCAGAAUCCGCCAAGGCGCGUUGCGCCCCACCGGCGAUAGCGAGUUUCGCCGGUGCAAAACGUGGGGAUGGCGGGAAGCUGCUCUCGUGUCUGCUUUAUGCACAGGCAAUUGCGACCCGGGCUGUUCUUGGCAAAGUAUAA